ACUGAGUGUUGCGUUCACUGCAGAGCCAACACAUAACACAUGACUUUGUGAUUGCUUCGGCAAUGACUCAUUGUUUUGGCAAACAUUGUCUCAAAUGUGAGUGUUUUGUGUUUCAUUGCAUUCACUGAUUAUUGAGUUAACAGUUAUCACCACAUCUGCCACAGUCUUCACCACAUCUACCACUCGUCAGACAGUGUGUCGACACUCACUCCCAAGACAUGAAUCCGUCCGACAGACACACCAUUCAGACAAAUAUGGAUUUGUUGUGCAAAGACAUUGAUUUGAAUCAAAAUCUCUUGAAUCAGUUGAUCAACAAAAAUGUGUUCACACCACAGAUGAUACAGGACUUCAUGUCUUCACCACAUCUACCACUCGUCAGACAGUGUGUCGACACUCACUCCCAAGACAUGAAUCCGUCCGACAGACACACCAUUCAGACAAAUAUGGAUUUGUUGUGCAAAGACAUUGAUUUGAAUCAAAAUCUCUUGAAUCAGUUGAUCAACAAAAAUGUGUUCACACCACAGAUGAUACAGGACUUCAUGGUGGUGGUCGUGGACCAGAUGGACGCACAGACGUAUGAGGACGAAAGGGAUCGCAAGAAACGCUUUCUAUCGGAUUUGUGUCGACGCGGACCCGAAGCCUACAACCUGUUUGCGGAGGUGCUCUACGGUGUGGAUCAGUUGGCGGCCGCAGCCAUACUCAGACCCAAGGUAUUCGAGAGCGGCUUAAGUCAGCAGCAGAUGAUUGAGGACAUCACGAAUACACCGCUCGAUGAGACGGUCGAUGUGUUUCCCGUGGGCGGCGAUGCGAGCGAUCGCACCCUUCACAGCCCCAGUACUGUGGCCUCCAUUGAGACGCAAGAGUUUAUGAUAAAUGUCAAGAAAUGCAAGAAAGAGAUGAAAGGCAAAAACAUAUACCGCAUGAACGCCGACCCCCGCGGCUAUUGUCUUAUAUUCAAUACAUUCAAGUUUCUCAACGACUGCUUCCCCAUCCGUCACGGCUCGGAGACCGAGGCCAACCGUUUGGCCGAUGUGUUCACUCAAUUGCACUUCACGGUUGAGAUCAAGACUAAUGAGUCCAAAGAGGACAUGGAGGCCACGCUUAAGCAGUACUCGAAGAAGCCGGUGCUCGCACGACACGACGCCCUCAUUCUGAUAGUGCUAUCGCACGGACAGUCCGGUUAUGUCGUCACCGCCGACGGACUGUCCAUUCACUUCAAUGACAUAAUAAAGCGGUUCAACAACGAGAACAGUCCUCAUCUCAUAAACAAACCCAAACUCUUUUUCUUUAAUUGUUGUCGCGGAGACGCUCACGAUUUGGGGCCAAAGUUUGUUUUAGAGGACACCGAGGAUGCCGUCAGUGAUGCCAAGAGUUUUGACACACGAAAAGUGCCUCUCAAUGGAGAUAUGAUGAUCUGCUACUCCACUAUUGACGGCUACGUCUCGUGGCGUAAUGAGCACACGGGCUCCUGGUUUGGGACAGCCCUGUGUCAGGCGCUUAUGAAACACUCGCACUCCUAUGAGUUGCACCAAAUCCUCACUUAUACCUCGAAUUUGGUGAACAAUAAGACGACAACCGAUGGCGAGAAGCAAGUGAUGGAACACUCCUACCGCGGAUGGAAAAACUGUUUUUAUUUUAACCCCGGCGUCGCUGAGUCCCGAGGCUCUCCCCUUAGUCCCAACUGAUCACAA